AUGAGCCCAAAAGCGGGUACGGCAAAGGAAAAGCAAAAAGAAAAGAAAAAAUACGUCCCACCAAAUCCCCAUGAAUUGGACCAUGGGAAAUUAUGGUGGUUUAGUGUCAUUUUGUUAGCACUAUUCUUCUCCGUCUGCAACUCCCUCUACCUUCACAAAUUGUUUGAAAAUGAUCGUCACUUCUCGCAUCUCGCCGAUUUUGAAAGAGAAAUGUCGUAUAGAACUGAAAUGGGCUUAUACUUCUCAUAUUAUAAAACGUUGAUAAACGCCCCGACUUUUUUGACGGGACUACGAGAAAUUACUGAGGACAGUGUGACGGAGUACGGACAUACUAUCAACACCUUAAAGAGGUUUAAUUUAUAUCCUGAGGUAACACUCGGAUUUUUAUAUCGGCAAUUCCAUGGUAUCGCCAAAGUGAUGAACUGGAAAACAGAGACCUGUUGGCAGAUUGGUCGUGGUGAAGGCUGGAGCCCUGUACAAAGUUGUGCUGGCCUCGGCAACUCCCAUUAUUUCUACAUCGCUGGCGCCUUUGCCAUUGCCGGUACAGUAGCUGGGUCCCUAUUUUUGUUGGGGACAUUGUUAAGUGAUUCCAUCCUCGGAGGACUUUUAUCUGUCGGGUUUUUCGCGUUUAACCACGGGGAAUCCACAAGAGUUCAAUGGACUCCGCCAUUGCGAGAAUCGUUCUCAUAUCCGUUAAUUAUAUUUUUGAUUGUAAUUGUGACGUAUGUAUUGAGAACCCAACGAUCCGGUCGAUUUUGGGUACUUGUCAUUUCUGCCAUUGCGGUUCCGGCCAUGCUCUCGUGGCAGUUUGCUCAAUUCUCCUUCUUUACACAGAUAUGUGCAAUUUUUGCGACAUACGCUCUCGACUAUGCACCAAUCUCAACUGUAAAGACCUUGCUUUAUGGUCACUUGGUCUCCUUCGCCGUCUCUUUCGUCUUUUUAUUCGGAAAUGAAAUGCUCUUAACUUCCCUCUAUUUUUCAUCCCUCCUCAGCUUUUCGAUCAUUCUCUUAAUCGACUCCCCAAUGCAAAAAGUCACAUUCCGUCCGGUGUACGUUCUAGUCGAAAUUGCCAUUUUUCUGCUGGGCACUAUUUUUAUCAAAGAGGGAGUUUCGAGAUUGCUGAAUGUGGAGGACGAUGCUCAUAUUUUCGAGAUUUUGAAAAGCAAAUUCACCGAUUUUGCAUCAUUCCAUACACGUCUCUAUACAUGCGCAGCUGAAUUUGACUUUAUGCCAAAAGAUACGAUAUAUCUACUUACCUAUUCAUUACUACUCCCAGCUGGACUGAUGAUGCCACUGGACCAAAUCCUGAAGAUCUUCAUAAGCGAAAGGAUUUUAUGGAGAGAAGUUGAGAAUCGAGAUAAGAAAAGCCCAGAGCUAUUUUUCAACACCAUUCAACUAUUGUCUUCUGGGUGUAUGGCUCUAUUAAUUAUGCGGCUCAAGCUCUUCUUUACACCUCAUUUGGCGGCUACAGCGGCUAUGCUUCUCAACGAGAAACUUGUAUCCCAAGUAACACGCAGAAGCUAUGGAUUUUUCAUACGUUUUGCGGUGUUGGGUGGAAUUCUCUCAGCCGCCGCCUACAAAGGAAUCCCAGCUAUCCAACGGCAAUUGAGCAUCAUUGGCGAAUAUUCAAAUCCUGAUCAAGAACUAUUGUUUAAUUGGAUUAACGAGCAAACCGCUAAAGACGCCGUCUUUGGUGGUACUAUGCCAGUAAUGGCAAAUGUCAAACUCUCAACGAUGAGGCCUAUUACGAAUCAUCCUCAUUAUGAAGACGUCGGAAUACGUGAAAGAACUCUAAAAGUGUAUUCGAUGUUUUCGAAAAAGCCGAUAGCUGAAGUCCAUGCAAUGUUGAAAGGAAUGGGCAUGAACUAUUUCAUUUUCCAAACGAUGAAUUGCGCGCCGCAUCAUGCUAGGGCCGAAUGCAGCUACCGUUCGAUGUGGGACCUUCACGACCCGACAAAUCGAAAUCGGCCGAGCCUUUGUGAUACCUGGGAAAAAGCCAUCGGGGCGCAACCGGCGAAUAUCGAGCCCUUCAAGCUGGUCUAUCAUCAACAUGGUUAUAUCGUCUUUCAGAUU